GGCUUUCAAGUCGCGCCCAGCGGCGGACCCUACGAACAAACAGAUGAUAUAAUAUAGUUACAUCAAAAUCAUCUGUAUAUGUUUACGCUGUAGUCUAUUUUAAUAUUGUCUGAAAUGAGAAAAGAUGAAAGCGUGUUGUCAAAAGGUGCUUUUUAACGCAACGGGUUGGGCGUUACGUACGGUACUUCCGGGUUUGACGUCAGCGUAGCUCGCAGAGAUACAAAGACGGCCACAAUGGCGGAUGUUUCUCUGUAUCUCGCCAAUGUUAACGUGUCUUUAGGACGCGGCAUGGACACGGGGCAGGGUCAGAGCCCGAGCCCGGGGAGGGAGUUCGAGAGCGUCGAGCUGGGCGAGCUGGGCCAGCGGACGGAGCCGAAGGAGAAGGCUCCCCGCCGCAUCAUCCACUUCUCCAGCGGGGAGACCAUGGAGGAGUACAGCACCGACGAAGAGGAGGUAGAGGACCCGGAGGCGGAGCGGAAGGACCUGCUGUCCCCUCCGGUCGAUGCGGUGAGGUCCAAGAUGACCUGGGGGCCUUACUUCUGGUUCCACAUGUGGAGAGCUGCCACAUCCACCAUCUCAGCAUGCGACUAUCUUGGGGAGAGGAUGGCGUCUCUGUUCGGAAUAACAUCGGCAAAAUACCAGUACGCCAUUGACGAAUACAACAGGAUAAAGAAAGAGAAAGAGGAGGAGGCCGAGGAGAACCGGCUGUCGGAAGAAGCCGAGCGGACCUUCAAGCAGCUACAGUCUCAGGAAGUGAAGGGCGAGCCGAUGGCAUCGGCGGACGCGCGGGAGGCGGCGUCUGCUCGCCCCGGCGCAACCCGUCGGCUGGAGAACGAGAAUCCGGCGGCUCCGAACACGAUCACCGUCCCGGUUGUCGUCACGGCGACCUAACCCUUCCCGAGAGGACAUUUCACUGUUUGUUUGUCAGUAAGGAAGAGAACAUCACCAAGCUGUUUGGUUUGCGUAUAACACGGCUUUUAAUGGGCAGAUCGGAUCGGUGCAUCAAUGUGGGAAAUCAGAAACCUUUAAACUCAUGCAGUCGGGCAGAUUUUAGGAAGUAAAUGCCACUGUAGGGAGGACAACGUGUUGCUCCCCUGCGCCUCAGAUUGACCACACGUAGUGCCUAAACCGCCCACACAGCCAGUGCCAGAUGUGGGCUGAGCAUCUGUUUAACCGCGAUCCCAUGUCCCUGCGGACGGUUUACGUUCCCCAUCUCAAGGUUCAGCAGCCGCUCACGUCUACGUCUGUUAGCGCUGAUGUCCUGGAUCCACCUGGCUGCACCAAAGAGCUGGCCAUGUUAACAUUCCUUCACCUCGUGUCCAUAUGCAUGCUGUGUGUAGACGUGUUUUAAUGUUACAUGUUCAGGCUUGUGUUGCACUUGUCUGUGGAAGCACUGAGCAGAUUAAAUGGUGGCUACAUUUUAGCCGCCACGGGGUAGGCUAACAUUUAGCUAAACAGAAAUGGUGACAAGUGGGUGUAAGGGUUGCGUGUUGCUGUUUCAUCCGCCUUAUUUACUGUGAACUUUAAAGUAAUCUUGUGUAAUCUUAUGGGUAAAAAAUUAUGACACUAAGUCUGUUUAAGGACCUACAAAGUUACAUUUUUAACCACUUGUAAGCAGUUUUUUACACUUAUUUAUUUUCUUAACUUAUUGAGCUGUUAAUUUGACAUUUUCUAUUGUUUUUGUAACAUGACAAUAAACUGUUAACUGAC